GCUGCCAUUGUACAUCUCAACUUUUAGACAGACAACCAAGCAAUGGCGCCAGUGAAGGUGUUUGGGUCGGCGAGGUUCACCAACGUGGCACGGGUGCUGGUGUGCCUGGAGGAGGUCGGCGUGGCCUACGAGGUUGUGGACAUCGACUUCCCGGCCAAGGAGCACAAGAAGCCCGAGCACCUCGCCCGAAACCCAUUUGGUGUAAUCCCAGCUUUCCAAGAUGGAGACCUCAUGCUCUUUGAGUCCCGUGCGAUUGCAAAGUACAUACUUCACAAAUACAGGACAGACGAAGUCGACAUGUUAAGGGAAGGCAACCUGCAAGAAGCGGCAAUGGUGGACGUCUGGACCGAGGUCGAGGCACACCAGUACAACCAGGCGCUAGCGCCUAUCGUCAUGGAGUGCAUCAUAUACCCCACGGCCUACGGCAUACCGACGAACCAGAAGGUCGUCGACGAGAGCGUGGAGAAGCUGAAGAAGGUGCUUGAGGUUUAUGAGGCUCGUCUGUCUGAGCAUGAGUACCUGGCUGGAAACUUCAUUAGCUCGGCGGAUCUCAGCCAUUUCCCCUUCACCUGUCGCUUCAUGGAGACUCCAUACGCGUCUCUCUUUGAUUCGUUCCCUUCCGUGAAAGCGUGGUGGGAGAAGCUCAUGCUGCGGCCUUCGAUGAAGAAGAUCAGCACUAACCUGCAUCCUAAAAUGGUUUAAUCACGUGUGAUUGUCCCACAUCGGUGGAUGAUGUAACCACGAUUGGGUAAUAAAGGUGAAGUGUAGAGUUCAAGAUACAGAAUAAAAUAAUUUGUUGCAUGGUCUACCAUACCAAUUAAUCGAUUA